UCAUUUUCCCCCAAAAAUGUCGAUGACAUUGUAGGGUGCCUAACUUCAAUUAAACAAUUGUGGAUUUUUUGGCUGAAUUUGUUGAUCACUUUCCUGUAAAUAUAAAUUUAGACUUUAGAAGUAACCCUUGACAUGGCCCAAAUAAAAAGUUCAGCUAGUUUGGAAAGAACAAGUAUACAUGAUAUGUUAAAAGAGACUCCACCUAAUGAUAACAGAAGUAAUGUUGUACCAGCUGUACAAACAAAUACAGUGUGUCCAUAUUCACGUUCCGUUCCAACUGGUUUGUCGUCCUGCACAAGUUCACCAGCAAUUUUAACACCAACAACUCCCACUCAAAAUGAUGAUUCCACUAUUCUUAAAACGUCGUCUAGAAUCGAGAAUCUCAAGAACUGGUCCAUAUCAACAUACAAAUGUACCAAGCAACUGAUGUUUGAGAAAUUAGGAAAAUCAUCAAGAACAGUUGAUGCAGAAUUGGAAUCUCAAAUAGAACAGUUGCGGGAAACUCAAAAAAAGUACUGCAAUAUCCUCCGUCUGGCUAGGGCUUUAACUAGUCAUUUUUACCACGUAGUCCAAACACAACACGAUUUAGGCGAGGCGUUCUCAGAAUUAGCUCAGAAAUCUCCAGAAUUACAAGAAGAAUUUUUAUAUAAUUCAGAAACACAACGAAAUCUGACGAAAAAUGGCGAAACGUUGUUAGGAGCGUUAAAUUUUUUUAUAUCUUCAGUAAACACGUUGUGUAAUAAAACAAUUGAGGAUACUUUACAAAGUAUUAGACAAUAUGAAGCUGCUAGGAUUGAGUAUGACGCCUACCGCACUGAUCUCGAAUCUAUGUCUACAAAACCUGAUGGUGCCAUUGGUUUGGAGGAAGCUCAACAAGGUUAUGAACUUCACAGGCAGCAGUUUAUGAAACUGAGGGCUGAAGUAACAAUCAAAAUGAAAUUUUUGGACGAAAAUAGAAUAAAAGUCAUGCACAAACAGCUGCUUUUGUUCCAUAAUGCUAUUUCAGCGUACUUUUCUGGGAACCAACAGGCUUUAGAAGCCACGUUGAAGCAGUUUAAUAUUAAAGUGAAGACACCAAAUUCCACGUACCCAUCAUGGUUGGAGCAGUAGUAUAGAUUGCACUUCAAUUUUAAUUAAUAUCUAGUCAUUUUUUUACUUAAUAUGUUACGCUUUGUUCUUUGAUUCCUAAUUUUCAUUCCACUAUUUUAACGAGAGUUGUAGUUUAUGCAAGCAAUGUAAUGUUACUCUUAAUACAUUUCUUUCAUAACGAACUAAUGGGUUUCCAAUUGAAACUACUUAUUUUAUUUAUGUUUUUAUUAUGAAGAUUUGCGUGUAAGAUACGGUAUUUUAUAAUAUUAUUUAACACACUACUGUACUUU